GCAGCAUUUAACGGGCGCUAACAGCGUGUAUGCAGUUUGAACCACUUCAUCCAUGUCCUCUUUAAACACUGCUUAUACACCUCUUUCUCUAGUUCCUAGUUCUCGCUAAGCUCGAAAAUCUGUUGUCUGUGUCGUACGCAAGGGAACCACACCCGGGAUGUAUGGCGAUGGGCAUGCGGCAGGCACACGAGAGGCGGAGUCAGACAUGGACGGGGACGUGCGUAUGUAUCCUAGACAUGAGAUCACGGUCGAGCGGCUGAAUAUGCUGUAGAGCAACCCAAAAUAACGCGUUCCGGUAAACAGCACGCUAGAGUGACCGUUCCAGAUAUCGCGGCCAAAGUCGCAGUUGUGCAUGCCCCUGGUCGUUCCCAGCUUCCACCUCUAAAGCGUCGCAAGUUGGGCUCCGUUCAGUCUACAUCGGUAGUAGGACAUGCGGGCGGUAAUCCUCCAAAUGCCUCAGGUUCCCAACCCUCCUCAGCAUCGACCACGCCUGCUGCAUCUCGUCGUACACGUUCCCAAGCCAAGACCAGCGAUUUGCCUUCUCAUAAGGAGCCCAGUGAUGCCCGGCGCGUAAGCGGGAUGCAGCGGAAUCCUGGACACAAAUCACCGAACCUGAACAGAUGGCCAGUAAUACAGGUACCUCUCACUCCUCAGCCCACAACGAAUCCAACUUUCUUGGAAAUCAAAACAGAACUUGAAGAGCCGCUUAUCCUUUCAGUCCCGCAAGACCCUGUUCCUGUCACCUGCGGCGUGUACCGUGUAACUCCCGUGCCAAAGUAUCGGGAUCCGAGUGCCAGAAGAGCAUGGACAACGGAUAGGUUCAAGGAGUUUCAGAGGCGCAUCCAAAUGCUGGAGAUCCCAGUGGAAGCUGGUGGCCAGAAAUUGCUGUACGUACCCGUGCUCAAUUUCUAAUGCCAUUCCUCAGCAUAUACGCAGCUCAGACGGCCUGGUAAUCAGCUGGUCGACACAGACCCCGGUCAUGGUGGACGCAGAUGGUUUUCCACAUCUUCUACCCAAACCCUCGGACCCACUGCUCAACGACCACUCUCCACCGCAAGCUUCUCGUCAUGAUGCAACUCCAGAGAUUCUGCCCAUACCAGCGACGCCUCCACUCCCUUCGUUCUCGCAGCGCCCUCAGUCCACCCGGUCAUCAUCAGAUACCGUAGUCAAUUCCGUGGAUGUAGCGAGGCAUCUGCCAACCCCCAGUCUGUCACCCCCUAUACAACAACGUCAGCCCGCCAUUGAGAGUAUGCAGAUAGGCACGCCCAGUCCAAGUAGAGCGCAGCCGUUAUCGCUAUUCGCUUUGCAUAAGCAGAAGCACGGAUCGUCCCGGCAGCACACUGGGAGCCCGUCGCAUCCGUCAUCCGGUCUGGAUUUAGGUCCGAGAGGUCCAGCAGGUACAAAGUGUCGGCCUUCUUCAGUUGACCAUGCCGCGACAGGCGAUGCUCAGAUGGACAGCAACGAUGAGCUAUGUCUGUCUCGGGAAGAACACAAGAGCGUAGCCAAGAACCAUCAGCACAGUGCGAGACAGAACGAUGUCUCCUCACCAGCGCCAGCGGACAGUCGCGCAAUGUCUAUCGAUGCAGUUGAAUCUCCUGUCCGCCGCGAAUCGAGUCAACUACCGGAGUUAAGUUUUUCUGUCGUCGACAGCUUAGCUGUGAGCAAGUGUCUGGAGGAGCCGAUAUGGACAGAAGCAGAGAUCGAAAGGCUCCAGAUAGAUGCGAUAGAGUGGCUCAGGAACUACAUCCGCGUCUUCGACACUGACCGCUCAGACCUAGCCUCUGCUUACUCCCAACAAGCACUCUUCUCCCUUCGCCAGUUCUCGUAUCUGUCUUCUCCUCCCGAGCUGCCCUCUCGCCCCGUGCCGGUGCACAUGGGAACGGCAGGCGUCCUCACCGCGCUGCUGGACCUGCCGGACUCGUUCGCAUUCAACGUACGCGACGCGGUCCCGCAAGUCAACUACGACGUCGUCAUCCUCUUCGACGUGUUCGUGUAUGCACAAGCACAUGUGCCGGGCGUAAUGCUCACGUGUUACGUCGACCCCGCGCGCUGCCCGAGUGUCGACGAGGCGCGGGGAUGGCGCUGGGUGUGCGAGAUGCAGUUUGUGCUCCGUCCAAAUAGCUGGAGUGAGGAAGACAGCUCGACCGGCGGGCUAUGGCGUCUCAUCGCUGUGUCGCAUCAGAUGACGCUGAGGAAGAUCCCACUCACAAUGGACUGGAAAUGGAUCUAACGGUUCUGCCUCGACGAAGUCCGUACAUGUCCAGAUGUUGACAAACAUUCGUUACUUAUUCUGUAUAGCUCAUGUACUACCAUGUAGCGAUUUAUGGUGUUGAAAGGUAUGAUACAAUCGGGACAAACGAGUUACUUUGGCUAUUCACUUGAAUAUAACCUUCCCUACUAAUUCCUGAUCGUUCAAGUUGGCACGAGUAACUGCAGCAGCUGCCCAGCGCAUCAUACAAGUUCUGC